GAAAGGGCCAGACGAGGCCAGAGAGGAGAAAUUGUUAGGAAGAGAGUUGAGCUAAAGUGAGGAGAUGUUAUGAUACAAUAACUUUUCUACUACAAAUACCUGCCGAGCUGACGGACAGGAGUGGGCGCGCGCGAAGUGACCUGCUGCAGGCGGAGAUCGCACCGGACCUCGAGCUGCUAUUUCUAUAUAAAGCCCACGAUUCCACGGAUCUGUGUCAGAGCAUCUCCGGCUGGACUCUGGCUUCGGUUUCCUGCCUUUGAGCUCAAUCCUUUCGUUUUCUUUGGUCCAAGGGGAGCAGCAACCAACACAGAACAGUGCUGUGGUCUCGCCCCACUUUCUGUCAUUGGGGUCCGAGUUAUCAUCAUCGCUGCUGCUCAUGACAGCGUUGGAGUGAAAUACUUCUGCUAACUAUAUUUUCAGUCGAUUACCUUUUUGAGACGUUGAUUAGAUACGAGGUAGGGGUGUGUGCGGGAGCCGACUGAGGCCAAGGUGGUGUUUAUUUUUUUUUUAAAUUAACGUUAGAGGGGGUAGCGCAUUGGUGGCUAGCUUGCAAAAAAAUGGGUCUUUGGAUUUAACCAGCAACUGGAGAGCCAGUGGGAUAUGGGAUAGGUGAAUGCACCAGUUUUACGCACACCUGCAUAUGAUCCGCCUUGUGUGGUAGAAAGUUAAUUGAUGGUGAAUACGAUUUCACGUUGCUUUACAUUUGAAUAUGAGUUGGUGCCAAAGCAAUAGAAUAUCAAUGUUGGAUGCUGACAGUAACCAUACGGCUAAACAGGCAGGUAGCUAACGGUUUUGGGAGUAAAAAAAUGCAGGCGUAUUCAGACAGGUUUUAGUAAAUUUAGCUACCAUCUUAUAGAUCGAGUACUCAGCAGUCAUUGUUCCUCAAAUAAUUUAAGUGGUUUCAUGGUGUUAAGAAAAACAAUAGUAACAGACAUUUGUUGUGUAAAGGAAGGGUAGUGACAUGAGGACAAUAAUUGCGUUUCUUUGACUGCUUUCUGUUUCUGUUCUGCGUGUUCAGGGCCAGGGGCGUUACGGAGGGUACGGUGUUAUUUGGACCGGUGCACUUGAGGCUCGGGUUGCCUUGUCGAGUUGAACCUGUCGGAUGUAUUUUGAAGUAGCACAGGUUAUUUUGACUGACAAUUGCAGUGCUACUUGCGUCAAUGUAGACUGCAACAAACCCAUCUGUGGUGGCCAGUUAACGUAAGAUAAACAAUUGGGGUUGUCACUUGUCCUCCAAACUUCAGCAAGAACAUCCAAAGUAAAAGCAUGAUGUUGCUGAGCAUAGCCUGCACUGGAGUUUAUGGAUGGCAAAUAGCUGCUGCUAGCCUGUGUUAAUUCAGCUAACUAGUAGUUGUGUGUAACGUUACACACGGUCCGAUGCAUACGCAAUUGAUUGAUAGAUUCAGACAGAUACAAAUCCCUUCAAUAAACAAAUCUAGCAGGAUGAUGAAUUUGAUAGCUUUGUCAUUUUGAGCAUUUGCGUAACAACUAGCUAGCCAGAUAGCUAAUGCACGUAGCUAGCCAGCUUGCUAUCCACUGCUAGCAAUUCAUGUUAGUGUCGUCCAAGCUAGCUGUCAGACAUUCUUGGUCGAAUACUCCGGAGAUCGUUUCUGCACUUAACAAUUGACUAGCCUUUCGUACCAUUUGUACACUGCUAGACUGAAGCGAGUACGUGUAGAGACAAGUUAAACAUGGCCGCGAGGAUAGCGUAUGUCUCGGACUGAUGUGCCAAUUUACUCCGUGGAUGAGGUUGAGGCCUAGUUAACCUAUUCAUGACCGCAGCACUCCAGUAAUGUAAACAAACAGACGAGGGUGCAUCAGGGGUUAUUAGAUCAAGAGGAACACAGACUUCUCCGAUGAUAUUUAACAUAUUGUCUCAUCUGUAUCCUGUUGCAACUUGUGACUAUUUGGCAAUCCAUUUUACAUUGUGUUAUUCCCCGUAUUUCAUGUUCUGCACUGGGGAAAUGUAAUUGUUAUCGUCAAUGCGCGUGAAUAAAUAGGCUGCUCACAGAGAAUGCGGCAUUCUGAAAAGAUGAAAGCGUGAGCUGGUCUCAUGUUGACCGAUACGCCUGGGACUUCAUUUUAAUCAGAAAUCAACAUUUACAGAUAUAUCUGUACGCCACCGGAUAAAUCAUAAUAGCAGUACGUCUAUUGCAGUGAACGUUGUGCGUGAUGACCGCAAUCUGAAGAUACGCGUCAGAUGCAGGCACCAUUGAGCACUGUUGCUUUCUUGUUUCAUCGAUGGAGUUGCCAUCCACUAUACGAUCUUGGAUCACUGAUGGAUGUUUGAACACAUGGAUUUUUAUCUGACAUUGUAAAGGGACGUUUUCAAGGACUCUUUUUUUAAUUUACUCUCGUUUCUGGAAAAACACAAUAAAGGACCCUUUUCAACCAUGUAUUCAUCAGAAAGCCCUCAAUACCUCCGUCAAGGACUGAGCAUGUUUGUCUGGACCAACGUGGAACCCCGGUCAGUUCCUGUGUUUCCCUGGCAUUCAUUGGUCCCUUUCCUGGCACCAACCCAAUCAGAUGCCUCUACUCAGUCUGGUGAGGGCCAACAACUAAUCAAUCACCCCCAAGCUGCCAGUCUGAAAACAGAAUCUCAGGGGGGUGCAGUGCUGCUACAGGAGGCCAAUGAGGACCCCCCCACCCUGGAGAGAGGACCCACAACAAGGCCAACUCCCUCCACAGAUGACCUGGCCCCAGAGAGGGAGAGAGAGGCCGAAAGAGAGAGGCCAGACAGUGAGACUGAGAGUGAUGUGGAUGACCCGUUCUUCCCCAGUGUUCUUCCUGAGCCGCCCUUGUCUGUGACUCCUGUGAAGAGACGCACUCAGUCCCUCAGCGCCCUGCCCAAAGAUGGGGACAAGAUUAGCCCUAACAAGAGGGAGAAGGACCACAUCAGGCGGCCGAUGAACGCAUUCAUGAUCUUCAGUAAGCGUCAUCGAGCGCUGGUGCACCAGAGGCACCCCAACCAGGACAACCGCACGGUUAGCAAGAUCCUGGGCGAGUGGUGGUACGCCCUGGGGCCCAAAGAGAAGCAGAAGUAUCAUGACCUCGCCUUCCAGGUGAAGGAGGCCCACUUUAAGGCCCAUCCAGACUGGAAGUGGUGCAACAAAGACAGGAAGAAGUCUAGUUCUGAUGGCCGAGGGCUCCUGGGGCCGGGGGGCAAAGACAUUAGAGAAAGGAGCAUGUCUGAGACCACCGAGCCCCAUGGUGUGGAGCUGAAAGGGGUGGGGCCUGGCCUGCUGGGUGUGUCUGAGCGGAAUCCAGGGGAGGGGCAUGUAGGUCAGCUACCCCGCCCCCGAGCCUUCUCCCAGAGUGCCAUGCACAGCCUGGAGAGGAGUGAGAAGGGCAACACACAGGCCCUGGCCGAACUGUCACAGAUGUGUGGGGAUGGUGGUGGCCAGUUUUCGGGGCGUGGCCAGACCCUGUCCCGUUCUCAGAGGGGGGUCAGUGAGGACAUGACCAGUGAUGAGGAACGCAUGGUCAUCUGUGAAGAGGAGGGAGAUGAUGAUGUCAUUGAGGACCCGUACCCUGCCAGCUCCAUAGACCUGAAGUGUAAGGAGAGAGUGACGGACAGCGACAGUGACAACGCCUCUGGGAACGAGAGUGAUCGCAAGCGUGUCUUUGCUCCAGUGAUCUGCUCUUCCUCCUCCCAGCCCACCCCCCACGGACGCUCCGUCUCUCUCUCCUCCUACCCUUCCAAACGCUACGACGAGGAGAGAGGGGGGCUCUCAGACCACAGGAGGAAGAGAGGAAUAGAGGGAGGUGGUGAUGGAGGAGGAGUGGCAUCCCUCUCUCUUUCCCUGUCCUCCUCAGGCCACUCUGUCAUCUCCAGCCCCGGAGGCCCAUUUCCAUCUGCCCUUGCCCCCCUUGGCCUGUCUCCUGUCCUGGGCUUAGGGGCUGUCAGAGUGGCCUCUACAGUGGUGACCAACGUGGUUCGUCCGGUCGUGAGCACGCCAGUCCCCAUCGCUAGUAAACCCCGAGACGGAGCAGCUUCAUCCAUUCCUCACCCACCAGACAGGAGGUCCCUCCCAUCGCAGCAAGCGCAGCUUCUGAUUGGCUCCGGAGUAGGAAGCGGAGGGCCUGGGUACUACUCCUCACCCAAUCCCAUAGGUGCAGGGGCAGGUCCAGGGGGGCUAGUGACCAGCUUGGUGUUCCCGGGGCACAGCCAGCCCACUGUCCAGCUCAUCAGUCCCUCCCCCCAUCCGUCCUCCCACCACCAGCUGCCCCCCACCGCCCCCGUCUCUGUCCCCACACACAACCACACCAACGGCCCCCUGCCCCUCUCCCUGCUCCAGCCCCAGUUCCUCUCCUCGUCAUCUCUGGCAUCCCCCGGGGGCAAAGCCAUCACACAGGUCCAAUACAUCCUGCCCACCCUAUCAGCCAGCUCCAAUCCCAAGAGCCCCUCCCCUCAGCUGCACAACCUGCCAAACAGUUUCUUCAACCUGCCCACAGCUCCGCCCACCCACAUGUCCAUAGCCAAUGGGAAGCAGGUGGGGCCGGGCUCGCUGAUGGGAUACGCCUCCAGCCCAGCCGUGGGAGUGGUCAGCCCGGGAGCCAGAGUGCAAUCCCAGUCCCCAGUCCUACAGGGCAAGAUGCUGCUUCCCAUGGCAACAGUGAGGACGGCACCCGCCCCUGCCCAGCAGUUCCCCCUCGUGGCUCCACCUCUUCCUGUCCAGAAUGGAGCUCAAGCAGGAAGCAAGAUCUUCCAGAUCGCUCCCAUGCCUGUCGUCCAAUCCCUGCUCCAGCAAGGCGGGGCAGGGCAUCCUGGGAGCCCUUUUCCAGUUACCAUGGGAACGGCCACAGUGUUGCACCAAGGUUCUGCCCCAUCUCAGACUGUGCUGCUGCCGCCCCAACCAACCAGGAUCACCUAUGUCCAGUCCACGCCAGGAGUCCCCUCUGCUCUGCCUCUGGUCUCCACAACAACAGGCUCCUCCUCCCCGCAGCAGGCCCAGCUCACCCCUGGAUCUGCAUAUGUUCCGUCGCCCCUAACAACGCUGGGCUUUACAGCCAUAGCACCCCCUGGACAGAACCUAGUCCAACCCCUCAUCACAGGUCAGCCUCCCUUUCAGGCUCCAGUCCAGUCCCCUACCUGCCCCUCCCACCCCUCUGGUCCAGCCUCUGCUUCAGGGGGACAGAUAAUCACCGCCAUCUACCCCCCUACCAGCGUCACCAUUGCAACUGGGGUGGUCUCCAUGGCAACCGGGCCACCCAGCAUGGUGUAUACAGUCUCCAGCUCCUCCAGUUUGUCCACCCACAUCCUGCCCAAACACACAUUCGCCCCCGCCACCCCCACCACACACACUCACACACACACCCAGCUCCAGUCAGACAGACAAACAAACAGGCACGCGGGGGAGAGACCCACGGACAGAACGUCUCACUCUCAGUCAGAGAAAGCGGCAGACAGACAAGCGGAGACGCAGCCUGAGCUACAGGCGUACGGACAGACGGAGAGGCAAGCCCAGACCUUCAAUAAGAGCAGCAGCUUAGUGGGGCCCCCAAGUGGCUCCUCAUUGUCACUGCGGCCCUGCAGCCCCCCCCUGCCCUCUCACACUUCCACAGGCAGCGCACCAGGCACCCCCAAACUCCCCCAGCUCCCGGUGAGAACCCCUCAGAAAAUCAAAGCCACAGUUGCCAACAUCCCGGUGGGCAGCUACGAGGGAGGAGGCCGAGGAAAGGAGAGGGAGAAGAACCGAGAGAGGGAAAGGGAGAAAGAAAGAGAGAACACUGGGGCCAACAGUCGUUUUUCCUUUGAGCUGGAGCGUCCUGUGGAGGCGACGUCCCCCUCCCAACACACACACACUGCUGAGGAGCCCCCCUCUGACAGACCCCCUGAGGGACACGGCCCUGGGGACAACACUGACACACGCAGCACAGAGGCCAGCAACAAGGAGUCUGGGUGGAAGGACUCCGUCCCCUCCUCACCCCUGCCCCCUCCCUUGGGUACAGACCCUGCCCUGCCACCUCCCCAGAGCGACAAAGACGCCCCUCCUCCCAAAAAGGUGAAGGCCCGCCCCCCGCCACUCAAAAGGACCUUUGACUCUGUGGACAAGGUGUUGUCGGAGGUGUAUUUUGAGGAGCGUUUUGCUCAGCUACCAGAGUUCAGGCCAGAGGAAGUGCUGCCCUCCCCCACCCUGCAGAGCCUGGCCACCUCCCCCCGCGCCAUACUGGGCAGCUACCGCCGCAAGAGGAAGAACUCCACAGACCUGGACUCGUCAACAGAGGACCCCGUGUCUCCUAAGAGGAAGAGCAGAAGGCGCUCCAGCUGCAGCUCGGAGCCCAGCACACCCAAGAGCGCCGCCAAGUGUGAGGGAGAUGUCUUCACCUUCGACCGACCAGCCCCCCCGUCUGUGUGUCCCCCUCCAGGGACAGGUGCUGACGGAGAGGACAUCCUGGGGGAGCUGGAGUUUGACAAGGUGCCCUACUCCUCUCUGAGACGCACCCUGGACCAGAGACGAGCCCUCGUCAUGCAGCUCUUCCAGGAGCAUGGCUUCUUCCCAUCAGCCCAGGCCACGGCAGCCUUCCAGGCACGCUACUCAGACAUCUUCCCCACCAAGGUGUGUCUGCAGCUGAAGAUCAGGGAGGUCCGACAGAAGAUCAUGCAGACUGCCGUCCCCUCUGAGACCAACGAGGCCUCCUCGCUCCCCGGACCGUCUGGCACCCAAUCAGGGGAAGGGACAGGAGGGGCAGAGCCAUUGGGAGAGGAGGCGGAUCGAGAGAGGGAGGGUAGUCCAGAGGAGCCGAGGGAUUUGCAGGAGUCAUCUAGAUGAAGGAUGCCGACAGGCUGGAUUGACCAACCAGCGAUGGACCAGUUCCCCAAAUCCCGCCUCUUAAUUUUGUUGAAGCUACACCCCUCUGUCUCUGUGUGUAUCUGGACCUGUCUCUCUCUCUUUCUCCAGAGAGCCAGGUCAGAAAGACCAAGAGGAUGUGUGUUUGCAAAAUGUGUCAGAUGGAAUUGUUUAAAAUGUAAAAGGGGAUUUAAAAAAAAAAAGUAUAAUUCCCCCUCUCCAAAAAAUUACAUUUAAAAUGCCAGUGACACACACACACACACACACACACACAGCUGAUGAACCCCAAACUCCAAUACUCACACUUGAAUUAGCACUUUGUUAGUAAUAUUAUCCCUGUAAGCUUCCAUUGAUGCCAGUGGACUAUACAAUAACAACUCUCCAGCUGUUACCCAUUGCCUUGGAGCAGGGCCCAUCUUUCAGACUGAAUAGCAUAUCACUUAGUGGGACUGCUUGAGGUAAUUUAUCUCACUCUAACAGGACUGACUUUGUUGUUUUUAAAAAUGGAGGGCUUGGGACGCAAGAUCAGUUAAUUGGCUGCUGAAGAGGGUCUGGCUCAAGUCUCCCAUUGGCUCAUUUGUUUCUGCUGGACAUUAGGGGGCUGGGUCCCCACUGGCUUGAGAUGAUGCCAUUGGAUGGAGAGCCCGCACUACCCUGGUGAGGGAUCAGAAGGAUCCUUGUUUUGUUCAAUUUUUCUCUACUUUAAUCCAUAAAAGCAUAACUUCAGGAGAGAGUUUAGGACCUCGCCCUCACUUCCCAUGAUUGGCUACAGAAGAUGCCAGUAAAGCGUGCACCAAGCGUUCCUGCUUGUCUGAUUCGCUCGCCAUGAGGGAAGGAGGCGGGGAGAAGGAGUCAAUGGGCACAUCAUGGCUUUACAUUUCUCACUGUCACUUCAACCAUGUUUUAUAUAUUUGUAAACUUUAGUUGGGAACCCAGAGCACGUCAGGCUGACAUUCCUAUUACUUUUAAUGCCAAGCAGUUUUAUUAUCUAACUUUCUUUUUUAAAGACAUCAAACUUGUCUUUUUUUAUCAAACACAUGUAACUUUGCAGUUCAUUAUGUUAUUAUUGUAUUACUGUUACUAAUAUUACUCCUCUCAUUGUUAGAGUGGACCUCAUCCUUGCUAUGGGCUGGUAUCAAUGCCAUUAUUCUCUCGCAACCUGUUUUCUUAUUUGAGAGGAAAUGGGAUGGGACGUGUGAGAGAUGGUCCUCACCUGUGUGAGAGAUGGUCCUCACCUGUGUGAGAGAUGGUCCUCACCUGUGUGAGAGAUGGUCCUCACCUGUGCCUCUUUCCCUCUCUUUGUCUUCCCUUUCAACACCCUCACUUCGCCCCAGCAAGGACCUGGGGUGACAAAUAUUUUUAUUCAUUUCAAUGAGGGAUAACAAAGAGAAGAGGGUUGACAUUUGUAUUCAUUUAAGUGUAAUAAGUAUGUUUUUGGACAACCCUGUAUACCGCUCUCUCGCACUCCUCUGCUAGUAAGUUUGAUUCUAUAGCCUCCUCCCUCCCUUACUGUUCUCUCCAGGCUAUUUUUGGGGUGGGCGGAGAUAAGCCUGGAGGAGGCAGGGCAGUAUAAAGAGUGGUAGGGUAUAAAAUUGGUUGUCUUUGUGCAAGACCUGGUUGUUGUACAUAUUAUUUACUGUAGUCAGGAGACUCGCUAUAAUAUUAAGGAACAAUGUGUAACUGACUUGUAUUGACUUUUAAAAGAUGUCAUUACACAAGGUCAAACUCCAAAAAUUGACAAAUUAAUAUUAAUGUUUUACUCCUUGUUUUACUGAUACAUACUGUAUCAGUAAAACAAGGAGUAAAACAUUAAUAUUAAUUUGUCAAUUUUUUGGAGUUUAAUUUAAGAUAAACUUAAAUUAUUCAUAAAUGUACAUCUAUCUUUCAGUAUACAAAUAAAUGUUCAAGUAAACAUAUUUUUCACUAGUUUAUAAUGUACACACAGCUGAACCACCAGUUUUUGAUUAGUUAUUAUUGUCCAUCUACACUGAACAAAAAUAUAAAUGCAACAUGUAAAGUGUUGGUCCCAUGUUUCAUGAGCUGAAAUAAAAUAUCCCAGAAAUGUUC